AUGCCACUAUGCCAGUAUAUACAGGCCUCUAAAAUCCGAGAUGGUGCCGGCUGUUUCAUUUCCAGUGCAGUAGAAGGUGAAAAUUUUGAACAGACUCCAUUAAGGCGCACAUUUAAGUCCAAAGUUCUUGCUCGUUAUCCUGAGAAUGUAGAAUGGAAUCCUUUUGACCAGGAUGCAGUGGGAAUGCUGUGUAUGCCUAAAGGGCUUGCUUUCAAGACACAAGCUGAUUGCAGAGAACCUCAGUUCCAUUCGUUUAUAAUCACCCGGGAAGAUGGCUCGCGGACAUUUGGGUUUUCUCUCACAUUUUAUGAGGAAGUUACCAGCAAGCAAAUCUGUAGUGCAAUGCAGACAUUAUAUCAUAUGCACAAUGCUGAAUAUGAUGUUCUGCAUAUUCCGCCCACGAAUGAUAAAGAUAGCUGUAGCAGCAUAGAAGACUGUAAUGGAACUCCUGUAUCAAAACUACAGCGUAUUAACUCAUAUGAUAUUAGCAGAGACACACUGUACGUCUCUAAAUGCAUUUGUCUGAUUACGCCAAUGUCUUUCAUGAAGGCUUGUAAGAAAGUACUAGAACAACUCCACCAAGCAGUAACUUCUCCUCAGCCACCACCGUUACCUUUAGAAAGUUACAUCUACAAUAUUCUCUAUGAGGUUCCUCUUCCUCCGGCAGGGAGAUCCUUAAAAUUUUCAGGUGUUUAUGGACCAAUUAUCUGCCAGAGGCCAAGCACCAGUGAACUGCCCUUAUUUGACUUUCCAGUUAAAGAAGUUUUUGAAUUACUUGGAGUGGAAAAUGUGGUUCAGCUCUUCACUUGUGCGCUUCUGGAAUUUCAGAUACUGCUUUAUUCACAGCGUGAGUACUUUUGUCUUGUCCCAGGUACUAAUGGCAUCAGUUUUGUUUUUAGAGUUCUGAGAAAUAAAUAUCUGUAAUAAGCUGCUCUUCGCAUGUUGCUGCUGUCAGAGUAAUUUAAAUCAAAUUUCCCUGGAAACUGAAGGUCCUCAGCAAUGCUGGAAAUCAGAGUACCUAACAUCAGAUAUUUGAGUUUGAAAAUGUUGUUCUUACUUCACUAUCCCAUAUGCACGUAAUGACGUAAGAGGACAGCAAGGAAGUUGGCAUCCUGCUUUCUUUACAGAAACACCAGUAACUAGAAGAAUAAAGGGAUGGUCUUGCCUCCAUUUCUCCCCAGCUUGCUGAAUUCCCACUCUUACUUCAUUCAGCCAGAGGCAACUUAGGUGUGGCCUACACGUAAGUUAGGUUGAGACAGCUCCGACCCUUGGUGGUAUCAAAAAUACGCAGCCCUGAGCACUGGAGUUGUGCUCUCCUAAUCUCUGGGGUAGAUUCAGCUAGAUCUAUGGAAGGAUGUUUCCGUUAGCCUUGUUGGCUUUCCUUGGAGGAUGUGUAGUUCCAACACUGAUGGAAAACCUUCUCCUGUCAUUGUAGGAAGUAUCCAUUCUGCAAUCCUACGUGCGAUGGCCGUGUCACUUCAGUGCUUGUAGUGUAGACACAAACUGUUGUAAACGUGCGAUGAAGCUGAGGUUGUAUUUCAAGAGGCCUUUAUAGUUAAUAAUGUAUGGUUACAAAAAAUAAAUAAAUUGUGCAACCAAAUUUUCUGGUUGGACAAGUUAUUUGACAAAUUAAAAUGUAAUUCUCCAUUUUCUGUCAGGACCGGAGUCAAAUCUUAUUGAAGUCCAAUAAUAUAGAACCAUUUUUAGAAAGCGUGUCAAGUGCUAGAUUAGAUCAGCAUUUGCUUUCACAUGGCUUGCUUGGUUUUCUAUAUUGCUCUUUAUCUGGUAAUGUUUUUGCAAGAAUCUUAAACACCUCAGGCUUCAGUUGCUAUAUUAAGGUUUUGUCAAACCUAGACUUCCUGCAGUGGCAUUACACCCAGAGAAGUAGAGUUACACAUGCAGAGAACUUUGACUUAUUUCUUUUGUACUUCCAAGAGUUUUUGCCAGUUGUGCAGCCCCGCAGGCAAUAGGGAUGGUGGGUGUGCUAGUGUAGACUUCGUGUUCGUGGUCUAGCAAAGAAAAUCAAAUGCAUGGUAAAUCCAAAGAUAAGUUGCGUUAAUUAUAUCAUCUGCUGGUUUCCAGAAUGAUGAUUUUUUUCUCCUCCUGCCCUAUUUAGAAUAAUCCCUGAAAUAAGUGAAAUAAUUGUGUGGAAAAUUACGAAUUACUUACAAAACAUGUCCUAUGUCUUCAGCAAUAACUUAUACAGAUCUACUAUACCCUGCAUGUACAAUAUUUGGUUACACAAAGCAGUGAGAAUGGAAUGUGUUUGGUGAAUUAUCAAAACUAUGUCUAUAUUAGGAGCUGAGUUCUGUGUCUAUGUAAUUGGGAUUGGACAUUCAAGAAUGGUCAAAAUAAUCAGGUGUGUUUCUGCAGUGUUGCCAUGAAUUGGUGUUUCUGAGCUGUGAUGUUAGGAAGGAACAAUUGGUUCCAUACAUACAAGAUGGGAAGUGACUGUCUAGGAAGGAGCAUGGCGGAAAGGGAUCUAGGGG